GCUAGCCGGCGAGAAGGGCACUCAAAAGCCGGUAGUAAAAGAAAUAAUAGAAAGAUUUCUUAUUUUCGCACAAGAUAAUUGUAAUAAAAUUAUUUCUGCCAAUUAUUUAAUUCAACAUAUAAUGAACAUGAAACUGAUUUCAAACUCGCGUGUGAAAAUCCGUUAAUUAUCAACUAGAAUAAAGUGUCAUUCACCGUCUGAGUGGGCGUCGCUAGAUCAAAUUUUUUUUACUAUUUGAAACUUUUUUGUUAUUGUGUGAUGAACAGAUUGUUGUACAAGUUUUAAGUGGUGAUUUGAAUAUAUUAUUUUGAACAUUGGUGAUUUACGUUGAAGUGAAACUUUUUGUGAAUGUGAGGAUUUUAAUUCAAAUUCUGGACUGGAAGUUUUAGAUACAACAGGCGCUGAUCGGACUUACCAAUGAUGAUGGAGUUUUAUGGGAUGGAUACCGGCAUGGACCUGAAAGAAUUCUGGGAUUCGGAACUUGACUCGACGCUGGUCGACCCGUUCCGAGCUGAUGCCGAAAUGCUGCAGGAUUGCUGGUUCACACCUGACAGCAGGGAUAUGAAACCUUCGCCAGUUGUUCUACACGACAGACUCAUGACAGAUGCCGCCUUGGGAACACUUCCUAUCAAAAGCGAACACAGCUAUAGUUUAGAAUCAGAUGGCGACAGUGGUCCUUCCUCUCCAGUAACCGCAGUUGAUGAUAUGGAUGACGAAUGUUUUGCGACGAUACCGAUGGAAUUCGCGACGAGCCGUUGUGACGACACCGCAGCCAACUCAGAUUCACCGAUCACCGUAAAAGAGGAACCCUUUAGCGACGAUGCGGACAGCCUUGAUUCCAGCCGAGCCAAUUCGCCAGACACCGAAGAAGGACCAGAGGCACAACAUUUUGUACUCGAUCAUAAUACGGCUACAAUUCAAGUCACACGCGGUCACGGCAGCAAUAACAAUGGAAAUAUAAAUGUAAGUUCAGCAAACAGUAAUCAAAAUAGGCAGCAGAGUCUCCUGCGAUCGACGACAGCCUCUUCGGUGUCCCUGUCGCCAAACUCUCGCAGUGCUGCCCUUUUCGGUGCCAUAAAUCCGUCUUCGAUCCAUUCCCGAUGCCAACCUACUCCGAUACAAGUCAAAUUGGAAGCAGGAGUAGUCGUCACGCACAAUACAACCUUCGGUUCACCCCCGACGCCUCCGUCCAGUACGAGUAGUGACGCGGACAGCGAAGGCAACUUAUCCCCGGAACAUGAAAUUUUACCGCCUGCAUCGACGAAUACCACGACCACGACAUCGAGGAGGCCCCAGCAUGCCGGAUCUCGCCUCUAUCACCAGAAUCAGUCUGCACAUACGACUCGUCAGCCUAUUCACACUCCCCUCAUCAGCAGCCAACCGAAAGGAUCAACAGGUGUUUUAAUUUUGACCGAAGAAGAAAAACGAACACUUUUAGCAGAGGGCUACCCUAUACCAACCAGGUUACCACUUACAAAAGCUGAAGAAAAGUCACUAAAAAAGAUAAGGAGGAAAAUUAAAAAUAAGAUAUCAGCUCAAGAAAGUCGACGCAAAAAGAAAGAAUAUAUGGACCAGUUGGAAAGAAAAGUGGAAGUCCUUGUAUCAGAAAAUUGUGAUUACAGAAAAAGAGUCGAGAAAUUAGAAGAUUCUAAUGCUAAUCUUAUUAGUCAACUGGCGAAACUACAAGCUAUAAUUAGUAGACAGCACAAAAAGUAAGU